ACCGCUGGUCGCAGGAGGACAUGCUGACUCUGCUCGAGUGCAUGAAGAAUAACCUGCCCUCCAACGACGGGAGCAAGUUCAAAACCACCGAGUCCCACCUGGACUGGGAGAAAGUGGCUUUCAAGGACUUCUCGGGGGAGAUGUGCAAGAUGAAGUGGAGAGAGAUUUCCAACGAGGUGAGGAAGUUUCGGACCCUCACGGAGCUCAUUAUGGACGCUGAAGAGCACGUGAAGAAUCCUUACAAGGGCAAAAAGCUCAAGAAACACCCCGACUUCCCCAAGAAGCCCCUGACUCCCUAUUUCCGCUUCUUCAUGGAGAAGCGGGCCAAAUACGCCAAGCUUCACCCCGAAAUGAGCAACCUGGAUCUCACCAAGAUCCUGUCCAAGAAAUACAAGGAGCUUCCCGAGAAGAAAAAGAUGAAAUACAUUCAGGACUUCCAGCGAGAGAAGCAGGAGUUUGAGAGGAACCUGGCGAGGUUCAGGGAAGAUCACCCGGACCUCAUCCAGAACGCCAAGAAAUCUGACGUCCCCGAAAAACCCAAGACCCCCCAGCAGCUGUGGUACAACCACGAGAAGAAGAUCUACUUGAAAGUGCGUCCAGAUGCCACCACGAAGGAGGUGAAAGAGUCGCUGGGCAAGCAGUGGUCUCAACUCUCGGAUAAAAAGAGGCUGAAAUGGAUUCAUAAGGCCCUGGAACAGCGGAAGGAGUACGAGGAGAUCAUGCGUGACUACAUCCAGAAGCACCCCGAGCUGAACAUCAGCGAGGAGGGCAUCACCCGCUCCACCCUCACCAAGGCUGAGCGCCAGCUCAAGGACAAGUUCGACGGACGACCCACAAAGCCACCUCCGAAUAGCUACUCCCUGUACUGCGCAGAGCUGAUGGCCAACAUGAAAGACGUGCCCAGCACCGAGCGGAUGGUGCUGUGCAGCCAGCAGUGGAAGCUGCUCUCCCAGAAGGAAAAAGACGCGUACCACAAAAAGUGUGACCAGAAAAAGAAAGACUACGAGAUCGAGCUCCUCCGCUUCCUGGAGAGCCUGCCUGAGGAGGAGCAGCAGCGGGUGCUAGGCGAGGAGAAGAUGCUGGGCAGCAAUCGGAAAGGGGCGACGAGUCCUGCGUCCAAAAAGUCCUCACCAGAGACCGGCAAGGCCAGCUCAGAGAAGCCCAAACGGCCCAUCUCCACCGGGGAC